CUAGAUAACAAACCAAUGAAACAGCAAAUCAUUAACCCAACAAUAUACUAUAAAAGCUGUGGAGUUACUGUGGAGAGUCAACCCCAUCUUGACAAGAAGCUGAGAGGAACGAAGACUUCAUUUGUAAAGAAGAUGAUACUGACAGCUUUUGUAGCCUGUGGCUUUCUGCUGCAAUGUUCUCUUGGUAUGGAACCCCCAGAGCUGAUGAACAUGCAGCUUUCACACCAUGUCACUCAGAGCAUUGUGACCACAGUGGACGAAGCCCAGCCAGAAACUCAAGCAAAAGCCUCUCUCAAGCUGCGGAGCUUGAUCCGGCCCAAUUUCGGAGAAAACAAACAUCUGAAGUGGGUCAGAUGGACCGGGUCCCUGCCAAGCUGGACAGUGAGCAUCUAUAACCAGGCAGCAAAACGCCUCGACUAUAUCUGCGUCCCCCUCGAGGGCUGUAACUGGUCCACUGGUCAUUAUAGUCCCUCCAAAGGACCAUACUGCUAUAACCCCUGCAAUGGGAAGGAGGACCGACGCACACAGUUUGAUCUGCUAGUUAACGAGCAGAACCUUGAGCUUUUGCAAUGGAGAGCAUUCUCAAGGUCUAUUCCAACAAACUCAAUCGCACCCCAUGCCAAGAACAAAGCCUAUUCUGCAAAAAAUCAUUAUGGAAUAGGAUCCGUUUACAAAAAUAUAUUCUUUCUUCCUUUGAAUGGCAAAGAGUUAAAAUACAAAAGGGACUUUGAUUUGCUAACACUGAAAAAGGAGAGAUACACACAGAGAAUCUUCAACGUAGAGUACCAUGUCGAUCAACUGGUCACACUCUCCCAAGCACCGGUGGCGCUGGGAGAGUACAGUGCCACCAACAAGAACUGCCACUCAGUGAAGCAGACGGUGCAGCUAGAGGAGAGGACAGAAAGACAGAGCACCUGGCAGACCAGCGCCUCCUCCUCCCUGACCAUAUCCACCUCCAUAACAGUAGGGAUACCAAUAAUCUCUGUUACAGCUAGUGUCGCCGUCACAUCUGAGAAAACCCACACAAACGGCAAUUCUGUGACUGAAACCAUCAGCCACUCAAUGAGUGUAGAGGUGGCUGUCCCAGCCAACCAUCACUGCACGGUGAAAAUGGCAGGAAAAAAGUAUAAGAUUAAAAUCCCGUUCACCGCACACCUGGCUAAAGAGUACACUGACGGCACUUCCCAUACCACCACAGUGACGGGCGUCUACCAAGGUCUACAGGUGGGGGAAAUUGCCGCAGUGGCAGAACGCUGUCAGCCUAACCCCAAUCCCCAGCCCUGUGCUGCCUUGGUAGCAGGCAGUUGAUAGGGCCACUGUAACAGCAGGGCAUAUGCAGAGAAGCCUGUGUCUAUCAAGAAUGUGUGUGACAAUCUUUGUGUUUUAAUCUACCAACUGACAGACAAUACUGUCCUCAAUCAAUGUAUGUGUUCUUGAUUAGAUUGAGGAUAUCUUUAACAUUCAUUUCUUUCUCCAUUCAUGUGAUUACAGAACACAAAGUUGAUUAUACUAUAUAGCUAUAUUGUAUGCGCCAAAAAAAGGGAAUUAUACUGUAUUAUUUUAUACUAAUAAAAUUGCUCAGAGAAAGAGCCUGUUUAACAGAUCAUUUUUCUUAAACUUUUUCUCAAAAAGAUAAGUCAAUUAUUGGCACCCUUAUUUUCAAUACUUUGUGCACCCUCCCCUUGCAAGGAAAAUAGCACUGAGCCUUUUCCUAUAAUGUUUUAUGAGAUUGGAGAACACAUUGGGAGGGAUCUUAGACCAUUGCUCCAUACAGAACCUUUCCAGAUCUUUGAUAUCCUUCAGUCUGCACUUGACUGCCCUCUUCAAUUCGAUGGGAUUUAAAUCCGGAGACUGAAUGUUGAUUAUGUGGUCAAUUAACCAUAUAUUUGUGGACUUUGAUGUGUGCUUGGGGUCAUUGUCUUGCUGAAAGAUGGACUUGUG